GUGUGUGAAGGAUAAAGGGAGCCUGUGCAGGGCAGUGUAUUGUUCAGCAGCUGUGUGUUAGAAAAGACUGAGCAACAUAUCGUCUAACACACACAUACGCACAUUAACACUUAGCAGUCCAUAUACAAAGUCCGUACACGCGACACAAACACAAAGUGAUUUCUAACUGAUACAUGGACACUGAUAUAACGUACACACACUGCAUCAUCUAUGCAAUCAGAGAGAAGGGGCGCUGCCGACACCAUUUGUGUGCGUGUGUGUGUGUGGUUGUGUGUGACUUGGGCACUCAGAGCUUGGACAAGCGGAGAUGGAGACUGCAUGCCUGUGUUUUUUGUUGUUAGACUGUGAUGAUCUUCUGAUGUUUAAUGGAAGAAACAUGCAACUGUGUGAAUGGUCCACUUUCCGUGCCUACAGCCACACUCUUGGACAGUUUCGGGCAUCUUGUGAUUGUUAUUCAUACCUAUUUUGGAUGUGUAUGUAGUGCUUGGAGGUUGGAAAUGAGUGUCUGAUUGCUUUAUCAUACACCAGGAUGGAAAGCAGUUGGGCGUCUGCUGAGUUUGAUCUAGCUCAGAUCAGAUUGAUAGUGUAUCAAGAUUGUGAGAGAAGAGGGCGCCAGGUUCUUUUUGACUCCAAAGCAAUACACAAACUGGAUGCAUCCGAGCCGUCUGCUGAUGAAACCAAAAAUCCCCCCAACCGGAGUGGUGCUUGCCAUAUCGGCAGCCAAGCAAGUGAGAAAGACAAGCCUCCUACAUAUCAGUAUACAAGACCGGCUUCAGAUGUGAACAUGCUUGGUGAAAUGAUGUUUGGCUCAGUUUCCAUGAGUUACAAAGGCUCAACUCUUAAAAUUCACCACAUUCGGUCUCCACCACAGCUGAUGGUCAGUAAGGUUUUUUCUACCCGGUUUGGAAGCAGCACCUCUGGAAGUACAAAUACGCUGCAAGACAGUUUUGAGUCAAUGAGCCAAACUUUUCCAAGUCACACCAGCAGCAUAGGAGUUUGCUGCGUGCCUAGCGCUCCUCUGCUCUGCCUGGCUCGGAGCGCGUCUUUCUUUGCAGCCCACAGUAAUCCAGUGGACAUGCCAAGCAGAGGACACAGUGAGGAUGGAGACAGUGGCAUUGCUCGAUCAGCAUCUCUGAGCAGUUUGUUGGCCACUCCCCUACCGUCACCUGGCUCCUCCUUCAGUAGUGGCUGUGCCAGCAGUUACCAAAGGCGAUGGCUCCGUAGCCAGGCCACCAGUCUUCAGCAUGGCCCUGUGCCUCGCUGGAACACUGAAGAAAUGUUCAACCUGUCUGACGAGAGCUGCAGCUCCAACCCUGCGAUGAUCCGGAGGAAGAAGAUUGCCAUCAGCAUCAUCAUCAGCCUGCCGGAGAGAGAAGAGGAGAACCACAAUUUUCAGGAGUUUUUCUUCUCCCACUUUCCUCUGUUUGAGUCUCACAUGAACAAACUCAAGACUGCCAUCGAAAGGGCAAUGAUUGUGUGCAGAAGGAUAGCAGAAUCCAGUCAGCGAGUACAGGUCUAUCUGUGUCGAGUGAUGGAAGCACUGGGAGAAUUCAGGAUGACGGUGUGGAACUUGUACAUGGCUCCCCGCAUCAGCGAGCCAGUCUGGCUUUCCAUGAUAUCCCAGAGUACCGAGCGAAACCUGCUGUGUCAGCGCUUCCUAAAGGAGAUGAGUUUGCUGAUGGAACACGGAGCCAAGAGCCAGUUUCUCUCCGCUCUCCUUACUGCUGUUCUUACACAUCACUUAGCCUGGGUUCCCACGGUGAUGCCCAGCAGCUUUCCGCCAAUCAAAACUGCCUGCCAGAAGCCUGCCUCCCAGACGGUGGAUCUUUUGGCAAAAUCUCAUCCAUACAACCCACUGUGGGCUCAGUUAGGUGAUCUGUAUGGUGCUUUGGGCUCUCCAGUGCGAAUGUGUCGAACGGUGGUUGUGGGACGCAGGAGGGAACUUGUACAGCGAGUCUUGUAUGUUCUGUCCUACUUCAUUCGCUGCUCAGACCUGCAGGAGCAUGUGCAGCCACAAGGACAGAAGGACAAUCCAGCCAAUCCCUGCAGCUCUCAAACCACAGAUCCCACCCCUGAAAAGACAUUUCCCCCUAAACCAGAUUCAUUAAACCCCACUGCUUGUGUUAUUGGGAUUAGUGAAAAAGCACUGAACUCUGAAUUGGGUAACACUGUUCCAGGCUCUUGUGUAGAACAAAAUGAUGAGACACUUUUGACUGAUACAAAACCAACCAAUCCAUCCUCCAUUCUGGAAUCAUCCACUGUCAAGCCUGAAUGUACAGAAAUAGGACAGGAAUGUUUUGGAGAAGACAUUGACUCUGCAGGUGGAUUAGAGCACAUUUUGGCCAAUCAAAGUCCUCUUUUGCAUCGGGUGCAGUUUCACAUUGGCAGUCCCAGGGAGAGUGAGAAUGAAGGACAAGCUGGGGGUCUUACUGGGGCGGGGUGUGGACGGGGAUUGGACAAGAAGUUGCAUCACAGGCUUUUGACUGAUAUUCGAAGGAACGAGAGCUCAGAUAGUGCUCUAGGUGACAGUGAUGAUGAAGAAACAUCACUACGAGAACUGUACAUGGCUACUGAACAAAAGGAGUAUGAGUUACCACUACCAAGUUAUCAGGUAGAGAGUCGGGCCAGUGUUAAUCAUUUUGGGCGUUCUUUGCUGGGUGGUUACUGUCCUCAGUACAUGCCUGACUUCGCCUUGCAUGGCAUCAGUUCUGAUCUCAGGCUCAAACAGUGCCUCAUGGCUGACCUGGAACACACUGUUCUCCAUCCAGCGCUGGAUGAACCAGUGGCCGAGGCUUUGUGCAUUGUGGCGGAUACGGACCGGCUGAGUGUGCAGGUGGUGACGAGUCAAAGGCGAGUGUGCGAGGGCGGGCGGUUGGGCAGGGAUGUGAUGGUGUCCAACCUUGUACACACACUCAUCACAUCAGUUCUGCAGCUGUAUGCGCUCAACAUCGCAACCGACUUUUGUGUGAUGCAUCUAGAAGACCGGUUACAAGAGGUGUAUUUUAAAAGUCGAUCCUUGGCAGAAUAUCUAAGAGGACAAACUAGGGUCCAUGUAAAAGAACUGGGGCUGGCACUGGGGAUUGAGUCCAGUGACAUUCCGUUACUUGCAGCAGUGGCCAGCACACACUCCCCCUACGUAGCCCAGAUCCUUCUUUAAAGACCAAGCAUGAUUUAUUUCAAUUUAAGGACCAAUCAGAAUGUGUUCCUGUUCUGCAUGGACCAGCAAGGAUCUGAUCGUUAUCAGAUGACCACACCAAUCAUGAUGCACUGUGCUCGACAACCAUUCGGAGCCUACACCCAGCCUUAAUAUACCAAUCAGAAUGCCUCGUUUGUCCAGCUGACAGUCUUUCCUGUGUGUGUAUGUACGUAUGUAUUUGCAUCUAACUGUCUAUAGACUGAAUCAUGCACCACAUUCUCAUUUUACAAUAUCUCAUGUCUUUUUAAGUCUUAUUUGAAAGGGAAGACUGGAGAACGCACAUGUUAUUGAUGGGAAAACAUCACCAUGAGCAAGAAUAUGGAGAAGCAUCUCUGAACGCACAGUAGUGUAGUUCAUUAAAGAUGAGAGCAUAUCUAUAAAAUGUAUAGCCUCUCUGUGAAGCACAUUAGUUUACAUCAAGAGCUGGCUGAUCUCGGAAGAAAUCGUUCCCCCAAAAAUAAAAAUUCUGCCAUAUUUACUUAUCAUGUUGUCUCAAAUUUGCAGGACUGAUUUUCCGCUUUUUUAAAAGGUAUCCUGGCCACUCUUGUCCAAAUAAUGGAAGUAGAAGACAACAAGGGCUGCUGCAAAAUGACAGAAAAGUAAUACAAAUAUCACUAAAAUAUUAUUUAUAUGAUUAUUAUUUUCUGUGUCUUCUUAAGAUAACUUUUUUGGACAUUUUGGAGCUUGACAGUCAAAACAACAAGGAUAAUCUUCUAAAAUUACACUUUUUCCACAGAAAAAAACAAAUAUGUGUUUGGAACAACAUGAGAGUUAAUAUAAAAUGACAGAAUUUUAAUUUUUGGGUGAACUGUCCCUUUAAAAUCCAAAACCAAUUGCUCUACAGCUCUGAAACAAUUUUAAACAAUAUUUUAAAAAUGCCUGAAAUUUUAUUCAAGAAAACUAUCAGUUGUGGCAAUAUAAGUUGCAAUAGGUUUUACUUCCUUAUGUUGGAAUUUGAUCAAAUCAAUCAGUUUUCAUAGUUUUCUACCCCGGUGUGAUUUUAAAAUUAAUUAAAUCUGUAAUUUAAGUAUUUUUCAUAUUCUAUAUUCCAUGUGUGUAUGGUACGAGUAUGUGUGCUUCAAUCUCAGAGAGAUGAGAGGAUGUUUACAUAAUGAAAGGAAAUGAAGAUUGGGUGAGAUAUUAAACUGUGUUACUGUUAAUUACUGGUCAGUCCACAGAAAGUGGAUUACAGUAUUAAUCUGGUGCUACUAUUGUGUCAAAGGCUUACUAAAGCACAUGCACACUUUUAUGCUCUGUCUUGCGAAUGCUUUAUAUUUCUUUCAGUUGUGUAUUGCACUGAAAGCCAAAUGUCACAGCAAUAGAAACCCAAGUUUGUGACACUAGAAAUUAAAUAAAUACUUUUUUUGUUUAUUGUUCCACUUUAAAGACCUACAGAAAGAUGAUUAUUUUUUAUAUUUUCGCAGAAUAUUCUACCUCAAGUAAAAGAUUGAAAGUGGCCUGUUCUGAAUUUCUGGGAUUGAUCAGUCAGUAUUACAUCAAGAAUGCAGUGUGCUGAUAUCUUCGAUGAUUAUACACUUAAAAGCUGCAUUUGGGAUUAUAACAAACAUCUUUUACAUGUGUAAAUGUCUCGAGUGUAUUUCUGUACUGAAAGUACAUGUAAAAUUGUCUUGGUUUUUUAUCAUUUUUGUGGAAGUUGAACAUUGAACACUAAGUUUUUGCCACUUUUAGUAGUCUCUUUUGAGGCUAACAAAUGUAAUCUUGUUUUUCUUUUGGUCUGCUCUGUGCAUGGUGUUUACACAUAAGGUUGAAUGCGGUUGGGUAUUUUGUCUGUGACAAUAGGAUGUUGCAAGAACUGAACUAGUGAUGAAUAAAAUUGUCAAGAAUUUGAUAACUCUC